UAAAUUUGAGGUUAGAAUCAUAGAAUUAUUGUUUAUUCGAAUAUCUCGAACGAACCUUUCCAAGAAAUAUAAACAUUAGUAGCGUUAAAUGGCUUCUUUUCUGUUUUAUUUACAUUUUUAUCUAUUUUAUUCAACAUUGGUAACCUUAUCUUCAGGAAAGAUAUCUGAGAAAAAGGUGCCUUUACAAGAAGAUUCCAAUGAAGAUAUUGCGGAAGAUCGUUAUCCUGGUGAACCACCACCUGACCUCUUUCUAAAACGUCAGAGAGUCAUGAAUGAUAAUUAUAUUCCAAAAAUCCAAAGAUUCACUUGUUAUACUUGCGAAGCCCCAAACUGCAGUAAUCCAUCGAACUGUACUGAUGCAAUACAAUGUUGGAAAUCUAGAGUGAGAGAACAAAAUGGUUUGGAAAGUAUAUCCAGAGGAUGCACUAAGGAAUCAAAUCAAUUACAAUUUUUUUGCCAUUCAUCAGCUUAUUCCAUGAAAGAGAAACGUCAGGCAAGUGGUCAGUACCAGGUUGAUUGUUGUGUAGGUAACUUCUGCAAUGAUGGCGACUUCCCUAUUCUACCUGCAAUGUAUGUGGAGAAUUCUGACAAUGCUGACCCAUUUCAUUAUGUUCUAAAAUUAAUAGGAGCAGUUCUUCUGCCCAUAGUUAUAUUGAUUAUGUGCAUUAUGAUUGUACUUUAUCUUAUGAAGCAGAAGCAUAAACGACGUUUAUGUAAUGAGAGUAGAUAUGAUCCCGAAUCUUACUAUGCAUCUGAUGAUCUUUUGAGGGCAACUGCUGCUGGAGAUAGCACGCUUAGAGAGUAUCUAGAGCAUUCUAUGACUUCUGGAAGUGGGUCAGGACUUCCUCUCUUGAUUCAAAGAACUUUGGCAAAACAAAUUUCAUUGGCAGAAUGUAUUGGUAAAGGACGUUAUGGAGAAGUUUGGAGAGGGGUUUGGUAUGGUGAAAAUAUAGCAGUUAAAAUUUUCUUUUCUAGAGAUGAAGCAAGUUGGACUCGGGAGACAGAGAUUUAUAGUACAAUUCUCCUUCGUCAUGAAAAUAUCCUUGGAUACAUUGGCUCAGAUAUGACUUCACUCAGUUCUUGUACCCAACUAUGGCUCAUAACACAUUAUCAUUCAUUGGGUAGUCUGUAUGACCAUUUGAACCGCACAUCAUUAAGUCAUCAGCAGCUGAUGAAGAUAUGUUUAUCGAUAGCAAAUGGUUUGGUACACCUACAUACUGAAAUAUUUGGAACACAGGGAAAACCUGCUAUUGCUCACAGAGAUAUUAAGAGUAAAAAUAUCCUUGUCAAAGCAAAUGGAACAUGUUGCAUCGCUGAUUUUGGUCUUGCUGUGAUGCACACUCAAACUAAUGAUAAACUAGAUAUUGGAGACAAUCCUAGAGUGGGUACCAAGCGAUAUAUGGCACCUGAAGUUCUGGAUGAAACGAUUCAUAUGGAUUACUUUGAUUCUUUCCGUCGUGCUGAUAUUUAUGCAUUUGGCCUUGUUAUUUGGGAGAUAUGUCGUAGAACAGUGAGCAAUGGCAUCACAGAGGAAUAUAAACCGCCUUUUUAUGAUGUGGUGUCCAGUGAUCCCAGUUUUGAAGAAAUGCGAAAAGUAGUUAGCACGGAUCAACAGCGGCCGUGUGUUCCAAAUAGAUGGGCUAGUGAUCCGAUCUUGAAUGGCAUGGUUAAAGUCAUGAGGGAGUGUUGGCAUCAAAAUCCAAAUGUGAGGCUUCCUGCUUUACGAAUCAAAAAAACAUUAUUAAAAUUAGGUAGUGGUGAAAACUUCAUCAAUUUGGAUGAUGAUUGAGAGAUUGAAGAAAAACCAACUAAUCAAAGUUUUAUAACUGAAUAAGCUAUAGAAAUCACCUCUAGGAGCAUUUGGAGGAAAUUGUUCUCAUUGAAAGUAUUGACGAUAUUCCUUUCAAUUUUAUAUUAUGACAAGAUUUUAUGUUAACAUAAUCAGAAUUUUGCAUGAUUAUUUGUUCUUAAUUCAAUCUGCAGUAUCGAUUCAUUUGAAAAUAUAGCUGUGAUGGUUAAACAACUAAAAUAAAAUUUCUUGUUGUACUUCCAAUGUAAUAUGUGAAAAUAUUCAUUUGAUAAGCUCAUGUUGUAACUUGACAUAUUUGGCCUUGUGGAAAAAAUUUUUGAUUCAAACAAUCUGAACUUUGGGUCAUUGUUCAUUUUCAAGUAAUUAAACAUUAUUCAUAAUGGAUAAAACAUUGAUUUAUGAUGAAAUAUUAUAUAUCACUUAAUUUUUGAUUGAGAAAUAUUAUUUUUGAAUUUGUAUUAUAAUAUUUAUUUUGAAGAUAAUUAAAUUUCAUCAAUCAAUAAGCUCAAAUUUUCAGUCAUAUCAAUAUUUCAUAUUUUCCAAACAUAUCUCCUUGAAAUUGAUUGAUUUUGUUAAAAAGAAACAAUCAAUUGGUUGGUCAAAAAUUCUAUUCUAAUUUAUGCUACAAAUUUCCAACAUACAUAUCUAUUGCAGAAGUUGGUUAUGGGUAUUACUUUUAUUUUGACUUCCAAAUUAAUCUUUUUUCAAUUUGUAUUCACAAAAUUCUAAAGGAAGAUCAACAAAUCAUUUCAGUGAUAAUGGCAUAUGAUUUAUUUCAUCAACAAUAACUAAAAUGAACCUAGAAUCAUAAAAUAUUUUCCUAAAAUAUAUCUGCUUGAAAAUGAACAUUCUUCUACAAGUUGCCAAAUCAUGAAUAUUUGAAUCUGUUUUGCCAUAAAUGCAAUAAAAGUACAAUUAGGUUUAAAUUAGCUGAUGAAUCAGCAAAAUUUUAGGAUAAUUAUAGGAUUUAAGUUUCUUUAUUUUAGUGCAGCAAAUAGAGAGUAUUGAGACAUUGAAUAAUGGAAGUAUGAAAUUGUUAAGUUCUAAAGAAUUAGUAAGCUAUAUAUAGUGUUGUAUUCAAUAGGAGUAAAUUUACUUUUAUAUCAAAUUGAAAUGAGUAUCUUGAUAGAUUCUUAUUGAAUUUUUUAUUGAAUUACAUUUUUUAUAAUCAAAUUAGAAAUCGUAAAACUUUCUGUCAACAAAUGAUGCAGUGCACUAUUUUUGAAAAACUGUUUUUGCUUAAAUGUUUAUUAUCUCUAGCUGAUGAAAUGACCAUGUUUAUUUCAAGUUUUAUUGUUUUUAUUGGCGUCAGUACAUUUUUCAGGUACUUUUUAUCUGUUUUUAAAAAAUACUAACCUUUUCUUUCGAAAUUAUUGAACUCCUUUACAGUUUAUGAUUUUAUUAAUUUUUUUUUCAGUAUAAGACUUCUCAAAAGAGAUAAUAUUGUUGAUCAUAUAAGUCACAUGAAAAUUUCAAGAAAUAUUUCAGUAUUAAGAUGUCUAGAAAUACUGGUCUGUCACUUUUGGGAAUGUUCAGUUGACUUUUCAUUAUAGGUUAUAAUAUACAUCUUAUAUUAGGCCGAGCGAACAUAUUUCUAAUAUGAGAUGUAAUAUACAGGGUGUUCCUAGAUUGGAAGUACAAAGAAAAAUGAGAGAUUCCUUGGAUGAUGAUUAUACCAGUUUAUAAUUGAUUAAUUCAUCAAAUCCUACAAACUGGAUCUUUAUAAAAAUUUGGAUUUUCUUGAGGAUUAUAAGAGAAUUGUUUGAAUUUUUUUUAUUGAAUUCAAUAGCAUAUAGUUCAAAACUACAAGGUAACAAAAAGUGUAGUACUGUACCCAAGUUUCUUUUUACUUUUUUCUAAACUACCAGUGGUCCACCAAAAAAAAGUUCUGGAGGUAAGAAGGCAGCAUUGUACCAGAGAAAAUUUCACCCUGUAUUCAAAAUUAGCAUAGCAUAUGAUGAAAUUUUUAAAUUGGAAUAUCUAUGAGAAAUUUAAGUUAAAUUCCUUGUUGAGAGAAGGCGCUAUGAGGAAAAAAUCUAGUUUUAACACUGCAUCUGGAAAAUGAAGCUUUUGCAGGCUCAUGUUUAUGGGACUUUUCUUCUUAAAAUGAUCCGAGGAAUCUGCCAUUUUCGUUUGUACCUCAAAUUUAGCACCAUUCUGUAUAUUAUAUUUGUAGUGGGAAGGGAGCUAUUGGAAAGCGCAGUGAGCGAUAUUAAAUCAUAUCUAGGGAUAGAAUAUUCAAAUAUCUCGUAAUGAAAAGUCAACUUUCAAGAUGAAACUGGAGGAGUCUUCUUGGGUAUAAAGCUUGCCGCUAUAUCAGUUGAUUUCCGCAUCUUUUCCUAUGUCGCUCAGAUCAAAUUUCACCGUCGUUUUUAUUAAGCGCCUCCUACAGUAAAAAAUGGAAGUUUUUUGCUGUAGUUUUCAUUGGAAGAUGGUCAUUUUAUUGAAUAGCGCCACAUAAGCGAAGGAAACCACAGGCAAUGAUGAGUUUGAGUUGCCAGAAAUAUCUUGAACGAAAUCUAAUCAGUGGACAUACCAGUAUUUUUAGACAUCUUAUCCAGUAUAAAUUUGGUUGACAGUUGUAGUAAUUUUCUCUCUAUCUGUGAGUUUCAUUAAUAGUUGUGGUGAUUGCCGUGAUGAAAUCAUUUUCGUCCAAUUUCGGUUCCACCACAGAUUUCAAACUGAAAUCAACAAUAGUAGGUUUACAAUCAAAGUUUUUGAAAACUCACAGUAAAUCUCAUGCAAAGUUAAUCAAUUUGUUGUAUAUAUACAUCAUAUCUUUAAGAAUAUGAUUCAAGUAACUGUUCAUAUCAAUUUAUUUAUAGAAAUAGACAUAUAUCUAUAUAUAUUCGAUAAUACUCAUUUGUUUCUUGCUUGAAUGUGAUUAUGUUUUUUGUAUAUAAUAUAAUUAUUAUGUAAUGAGCUCAUUGGGCAAUAUACAUAAAAGUUUUUUGAUAAA